AUGCUUCAGCCUCUCUGUGUAAUGGAGACUGUCCUUGAUGGUGGGCUACGUAACAGCAAGCAUGAGUGCACCCUUUCGUCCCAGGAAUACGUGCAUGAGCUGCGAUCCGGCAUCAUGGACGACAAGCUGCUCAACUGCCUGGAGUCCCUCAGAGUGUCUCUCACCAGUAACCCCGUCAGUUGGGUCAACAACUUUGGCCAUGAAGGUCUCGGCCUUCUUCUGGAAAAUCUGGAGAAGCUUCUGGACAAGAAGCAGCAAGGGCAAUUUGAUAAACACAUCCAGCACAAGCUAAUCCAGUGCUUAAAGGCUUUCAUGAACAACAAGUAUGGACUGCAAAGGAUCCUGGGAGACGAGCGGAGCUUGUUGCUGUUGGCAAGAGCAAUCGACCCGAAACAGACCAGCAUGAUGACGGAGAUCGUCAAAAUUCUCUCCGCUAUCUGCAUUAUUGGCGAAGAAAACAUCCUGGAUAAGAUUCUGGCUGCCAUGACGAUUGCUGCAGAGAGGAACAAUAAAGAGAGAUUUGCUCCAAUUGUGGAGGGACUGGAGAACCACGAGGCCCAGCAGCUGCAGGUCGCCUGUAUGCAGCUGAUCAACGCCCUGGUCACUUCGCCUGACGACCUGGACUUCCGGAUACAUCUACGCAACGAGUUCCUCAGAUGCGGCUUAAAGAAGAUCCUUCCUGAGAUAAAAAAGACAGAGGAGCUGGACAUUCAGCUGAAGGUGUUCAACGAGAACAAAGAUGAAGACGCCAUCGAACUCUCCCAUCGCCUGGACGACAUCCGUGCUGAGAUGGAUGAUAUGAAUGAAGUGUACCAUCUCCUGUCAAAUAUGGUGAAAGACACCGCCUCGGAGACCUACUUUCUGUCAAUCCUUCAGCACCUAUUGCUUAUCAGGAAUGACUAUUACAUCAGACCUCAGUACUACAAGGUGAUCGAGGAAUGCGUGUCUCAGGUGGUUCUGCACCGCAGUGGGACGGACCCUGACUUUGGCUACAGUAAACGAUUGGAUGUGGACUUCACUCAGCUUAUCGAUCAGUGUGUGGAUAAAGCCAAAGUUGAAGAGAGUGAACAGAAGGCUGUAGAGUACUCCAAAAAGUUUGAUGAGGAGUUCAGCGCACGGCAGGAGGCCCAGGCCGAGUCCCAAAAAAAGGAGGAGAAGAUCAAGGAGCUGGAGUCAAAAAUCCAAACUCUGGAGACGCAGUUAACUAUAGAAAAUGACAGACUCAAAGAGGCUCAGAGACUCAUCAGGGAAUCUGAAGCCAAGAUUGCUGCAGGCCCAGCUGCGCCUGGAGCACCACCUCCUCCACCGCUGCCUGGAGGCGCAGCGCCUCCACCUCCUCCUCCUCCACCCCCGCCUGGUGGCUGUCCACCCCCUCCGCCUCCGCCGCCUCCUCUGCCUGGCCACGCGUCUGUCCCCCCUCCACCUCCUCCACCCCCAGGGGGAGGACCUCCACCACCCCCACCGCCCCCAGGUUGUGGGGCCCCGCCUCCUCCUCCAUUUGGGGGCUUUGGUGGUCCUCCUCCUCCCCCCGGGUUACCCGUUGUCAAGCUGCCUUAUGGACUGGAGCCAAAGAAGACUUACAAGCCUGAAACUGUGAUGAAGAGGGUCAACUGGUCCAAGAUAGUGCCUCAGGAAAUGGCAGAGAAUUGCUUCUGGAUCAAAGUCAAAGAAGAGAAGUUUGAAAACCCUGACCUAUUUGCUCAGCUCUCCCUGUGCUUCUCCUCACAGAGUAAAGUGAAAAAAGAUGUGACUGAUGAGACCGAUGACCGAGUGCCACAGUUCAAGAAGAAGGCAAAGGAACUUCGUAUCCUGGAUCCCAAAACGGCGCAGAACCUCUCAAUUUUCUUGGGCUCGUUCCGCCUGCCUUAUGAAGAGAUCCGGGACAUUGUGCUGGAGGUAGACGAGGAAAGACUGAGUGAAUCACUCAUCCAGAACCUAAUAAAGAACUUGCCUGAGCAGAAAGAACUGAGUGCUCUAGCGGAACUAAAAGGUGAAUACGAGGAGCUUGUGGAGUCAGAGCAGUUCGGCAUUGUGAUGAGUUCAGUAAAGCUGCUGCGGCCACGUCUCAGUGGCAUUUUGUUCAAGCUGACGUUCGAGGAGCAGGUGAACAACAUCCGGCCAGACAUCAUGAAUGUGACGUUCGCCUGCGAGGAGGUGAAGAAGAGCGAAGGCUUCCGCAGACUCCUGGAGUUUGUGUUGCUGGUCGGCAAUUACAUGAAUGCUGGCUCAAGGAACGCACAGACGUUUGGCUUCAACAUCAGCUUCCUUUGCAAGCUACGAGACACUAAAUCCAUCAGUCACAACACAACACUUCUCCAUUUCCUGGCUGAGAAGUGCGAAGAGAAUCACCCAGAGAUUUUGAAGUUUCCAGAUGAACUGGAGCAUGUGGAGAGUGCCAGCAAAGUGUCUGCUGAAAUCCUAAAGGGCAGUCUGACCACAAUGGAGAAGCAUAUUGAGCGACUGGAGAACGAUAUCGAGAACUUCCCCAAAACCGACGACCCCCAAGAUAAGUUUGUGGAAAAGAUGUCCGGCUUCUCCAAACAUUCUCGGGAGCAGUACGAGAAGCUGUCCACCAUGCACAAGAACAUGCAGAAGCUGUACGAGAGCAUCGGCAGCUACUUCGCAUUCGACCCCCACUCAGUCAGCGUGGAGGAUUUCUUCGGAGAGCUGGCCAACUUCCGCUUCCUCUUCAUGGAAGCCGUGAAGGAGAACCACAAGAAGAGGGAGAUGGAGGAGAAGAUCAAGAGAGCCAAGCUGGCGAAGGAGAAAGCUGAGCGAGAGAAGCAGGAGCGUCAGCAGAAGAAGAAGCAGCUGAUUGACAUGAACAAAGGUACGCUGCUUCUCCCCAUGCCGCUGCCGAGACGGAGACGGGGAGUUCAGGGGACAAGAAGCGCAAGGGUGGAGAGAGGGUUUCAUGGAAAUUUGCUGCACACGGAUUUGAACUCAGCCGCUGAUGCUAAUGCAGAGAAGCAGGGGGAGGGAUUGUUUUUCUUUGUGGAAAGCAAUCUAAGGAAGGACAAACGCAUGCAGGGCUCCAUUAAUGCGUCUGAUGAAUGGGGAUGUAAGCUCCAGCCAGAAGAAGGGUGGAGGUUAAAGCAGCUCGGUGGUUUGCGCUCGCGCCCCGCGUCUCGGCUAAGAGCAGGAUAUUUUUACUGCAAGGAAAUGAAACAAUGUCAGCAGCAGAAAGCUGGGCUCUGCACAGAGCUGCAGCGUGGUGGAGGACUUGAACUUUCCUUCGCUAAAGGCAUCAGAGUGAGGAGAAGCAGGGCCCCUCUGGUCGCUGGCAUCGCCGGGGUCAGCCCCCCCGUCUGGGGCGAGUGUCUGAACCCGCAUGCCAUCUGCGUAUUCCCAGUCAAAUUCACUAAGCUCUCAAAAGACCCGGAAAGCCUGUUCGCUUUUUGA